GGGCUCCCAGGGCUCAGGUCAACCGACAGGGGCGUGGUCUGAUUGAGUGGGCGUGGCCAGGGACUGAACUCAAGCUCUGGCUUAAGAGGUGUGGUGAACGAAGAAUGGGGCGUGGCUCUGUCACCAACGGCGAGGUCGUGAAGAAGAGGCCGAGGCUCACGGCCUCCCCGCCUGUCCCCGCAAUGCGGCACCCACUGGUCCUGCUGCUGCUCCUCUCUGCCCUGGUGAGCCCCUCCACUGCAGCACCUAUCCACCAUGCUGAUGCCCAAGAGAGCUCCUUUGGUCUUACAGGCCUCCAAAGCCUGCUCCAAGUCUUUAGCCGACUUUUCCUGAAACCACAGGAUGACCUGCUUCGGGGCAUGGACAGCUUCUUCUCUGCCCCCAUGGACUUCCGGGGCCUCCCUAGGAACUACCACCAAGAGGAGAACCAGGAGCACCAGCUGGGAAACAACACCAUCUCCAGCCACCUCCAGAUCGACAAGGUGACAGACAACAAGACAGGAGAUGUGCUGAUCUCUGAGAAGGUGGUGGCAUCCAUCCAGCCGGCAGAGGGGAGCUUCAAGGGUGACUGGAAGGUACCCAGGAUGGAGGAGAAGGAGGCCCUGGUGCCCAUCCAAAAGGCCAUGAACAGCUACCACGCAGAACUCCAUCCCCGGGUGGCCUUCUGGAUCAUGAAGCUGCCACGGCAGAGGUCCCACCAGGAUGUCCCUGAGGGUGGCCACUGGCUCAGCGAGAAGCGACACCGCCUGCAGGCCAUCCGGGAUGGGCUCCGUGAGGGGACCCGUGACGACGUUUUAGAAGAGAGGACCCAGGGCUUCUCCCACUUCAGGCUGUUCCCCCGAAAGACCCACUUACUGUACAUCUUUAGGCCCUCCCGGCAGCUGUAGGGGUGGGGACCGGGGAGCACCUCCCUGUAGCCCCCAUCAGAUCCCACCCCAAGCACCAUAUGGAAAUAAAAGUUCUUACUUACAUCUAA